AUGCUCUCCUUCUUGUGCUACAGCCAAUUCGCCGUCGAAUUGUCGGUCACUGGAGGCUCGUACGCCUAUCUUCGAGUCGAAUUGGGCGACUUUGUGGCGUACAUCGCCGCCGGGAGCAUUCUGUUCGAGUACAUCGUCGCCGGAGCGAGCUUCGCGAGGUUGUGGACUUCCUACUUCGCCACGCUCUAUAACGGCGAACCGAACGGAUUCCGAAUCUACGUCGGAUUUUUAGCGACAGAUUACAACUAUCUGGAUCCAAUUGUCGCCGACUCAUGGAGCACGAAAGGCUCGUCGUGGUUCAAUUUCGUGACCACAAUCAUCCAUCUGGUUUUGAUCUUCAUCCUUGCCCAUUCUCUUUUUAAUUCGUUCUUGAAACCUUUAUGA